GACGUGGGAAGGUCGCACGAGCUCGUCCGGUCUUGCCUCGGCCCGGUUCGGUUUCGCGCCUCUGCGGUUCCUUGAGGACUGCGUGGACUCUGCCGCGGGAGGGAGACCCAGGAGGCCGCGGGGACAUCCCGGACGACAAGAAAUGGACUCAGUGGCAUUUGAGGAUGUGAUUGUGAACUUCACACAGGAGGAAUGGGCUUUACUGGAUCCUUCACAGAGGAAACUCUACAGAGAUGUGAUGCAGGAAAUCAUCAGGAAUCUGGUCUGUACAGGGAGAAACUGGGAAGACCAGAACUCAGAAGAUCAGUAUCCAAAUGCCAUGAAAAAUCUAAGAAGUCAUGUAAUACAGAGAUUAUGUGAAAGAAAAGAAAAGGAAAGUCCCUGUGGAGAAACUCUUAGUCAUGUUACAGACAAUUUGAAUGAGCAGAUGCCUCUUGGAGUUCAACCAUGUGAAAGCCCUGCCUGUACAGAAGGCUGCGUUCAUUUAUCUGUCAGUAGGUGCAACAGAGCUCAUGGAGAAGAGACAGUAUAUGAGUGUCAGGAGUAUGCAGAGGAGCCAUGUAAACGUAAGCCACCUGGAAACCCCUUCACUUCUCUUGGAUGUGUGGGAAGAGACGUGGAAACACAUAGUGGAAGUGGAAAUUACACAUGUAAGAUAUGUGAGAAAACCUUUGGUUAUCUCAGUCUAUUUAAAUUACAUGAAAAAACUCACAUGGUAGGGAAAUCCUAUGAAUGUAAGGUAUGCGGUAAAGACUUUCAUUGUUUUAUUUCCAUUAAAAAGCAUGAAAAAACUCACAGUGGACAUAAACUUUACGGAUGUAAGGCAUGCGGGAAAGAGCUCACUUGUCUCCAAGAUAUUCGAGCACAUAUGGUAUUGCACCCAGGAUACAAACCUUAUAAAUGUAAGGUGUGUGGUAAGGCCUUUGAUUUUCCCUGUUACUUGCGUAUACACGAAAGAACUCACACAGAGAAGGUCCAUUGUUGUAAACAAUGUGGAAAAGCCUUUAGUUGUUCCACAUAUCUUCAGAAACAUGAGAGAACUCACAGUGGAGCGAAGCCCUAUAAGUGUAAUGAAUGUGGGAAAGCCUUCAGCGAUGUAUAUUCCAUUCGAAUACAUGAAAGGAUUCACACCGGAGAGAAGCUCCAUCAGUGUAAACAAUGUGGAAAAGCCUUCGUUUUUUCCAGUUACCUUCAAAGGCAUGAAAGAUCUCACAGUAGAAUGAAACCCUAUGAGUGUAAAGAAUGUGGGAAAACCUUUAAGCAAUUGUGUUCCUUUCGAAUACAUGAAAAGAACCACUGUGGAGAGAAACCCUAUGAAUGUAAGAAAUGUGGGAAAGCCUUCAAUAACUUGUCUUACAUUCGAAUACAUGAAAGGAUUCACAGUGGGGAGAAACCCUAUGAAUGUAAGGAAUGUGGGAAAGCCUUUUCUCAAUCUGGUUCCUUUCGAAUCCACGAAAGGAUUCACACUGGAGAAAAACCCUAUGAAUGUAAGCAGUGUGGGAAAGCCUUCAUUUGUUUUAGUUAUUUGCAAAUCCAUGAAAGAACGCACACUGGAGAGAAACCUUAUCGAUGUAAGCAGUGUGGUAAAGCCUUCCGUUGUCCCAGUGAUGCUCGAAAACAUGCAAGAACCCAUACUGGAGAAAAACCCUAUAAAUGUAAGAUCUGUGGAAAGACAUUCCGUCGUGCCUUUCCCUAUCAAUUACAUCAAAGAUAUCACACUGGAGAAAAACCCCAUAAGUGUAAGCAAUGUGAGAAAGCAUUUGCUUGUUCCUCACAUCUUAAAAGACACAUGAUCACGCACACUGGAGUUGGACCUUAUAAGUGUAAGGUAUGUGGGAAAGCAUUUAGUUGGCCCAGUAACUUCCGUGAGCAUGAAAGAACUCACACCGGAGAAAAACCCUAUGAAUGUAAGCUAUGUGGAAAGCCUAUAGUUGUCCCCGUUAUCAUAGAAAACAUGAAAGAACUCACACCGGAGAGAAACCCUUUGAAUGUAAGCAAUGUGGGAAAGGCUUUUUUUCUUCAACUUCUGUUCGAAUACAUGAAAGAACUCACACGAGAGAAAAAACCUAUAAAUGUAAGCAAUGUCCCCAAACCUUUAUUUUUCCUAGUUCCCUUCGAAAACAUGAAAACACACACACUACAGUGAAACACUAUGAAUGUAAACAGUGUGGGAAAGCCUUUCUUCAUUCCCAUGGAUUAAAAAUACAUGAAAAAACUCACACUAGGGAGAAAUGUUAUAUAUGCAAAGAAUGUGGGAAAGCCUUUACUUUUUCCC